AUGCAUUACGAUGGCUUACAUCCAUCAAUACAGUCCGGACGUGUUCUGAUCGAAAAAGCACUUUAUAAUUGGUUUCUAAAACAGAUGAAACAGUUUUCUAUUACAUCAUAUCAUCACCCUACUAUUACUUCUAACUAUCAUCAACAUAACCAGACUACAAUUACUCAUCCUCAUAAUAAUAAUAAUUCUCAUCAUCAUAAUCAUACAACUACUAAUCAUAAUCAUUAUAAUCAUGCUACUACCACUACUAAUAUUUCUCAUCGCCAUAAUUCUUUCACUGCUGCUACUACUACUAAUAAUAAUAAUCGUCAAAAGAAAAACGAUGCAUUGAAAGAAAAAUUAAAUAACUUACCAAGUAAGUCACUCAUUCCAUAUUAUCCACAUUUCUUGCGGCAUAAAGAUGAAUUCUUUCGAAAAAUUACAAUACCAAUAGAAUUAGAAGAAAAAAAAGAAGAUAUUUUUCUGCUAAGUAACAUUCAUUUUCAAAAAGAAUAUUUUCAGUCAGAAGCUGAAAAAUGGAAAAUAUCCAUGACAGCUGCAACGACUAAACAAACAGUCGAACAAAUAGAACCAAUGGAAACUAUAAUAGAAGAAAAUAAUAACGAAUUGCCUAUUGCCAGGCCAUCACCUACAGGUCUAGCAAGACCUCCAACUACGUUAGACUUCAGUGAUUUUCCUGAAAUUUUUGACGAAUGGUUGCCAGAAGCAAUUCCAGGACAAAAACGAAAACUAGGGCAUCGACGUGAUGAUCCACCAACACCACCAUCUCCUAGGCAACCACCUCCGAUUAUUCCAAGAAAAACAUUACCACCACGGAAUCAUAAUAUUCCACUAGUUGUAAGAUCUCUAUGUUCAUCACCAGUAUCAGACACAAAAAAUAAUCAAAAACAACAAGGACAAUAUUCUUUCAAUGCACUUAUCCCUCAUGAAAGAUCAAAUGUAACAGAACAACACCAUAUACAAACACCUAACGUAGUCGUACCACUAGUAAACGAACCCUCGAUGAUAAUAUCUCCUUUACAAAGUUCGACACCAUAA